AUGGAAAAGAAAGAGAGAAAGAAGGUUCAGAUACUCAAGUUAGAAACUGAAAGCAACAAUCUUGAUGACAUCUCCUGCUUGUUUUUUCAAAAGGGAAUAAUGGGUUCAUUUCUUUUAAUCAGUAUCUUCAGUCUCCUCCUCAGAGUUGCAGUUUCUCUUCAUUCAUACUCAGGUGCAGGCAGUCCACCAAAAUUUGGUGACUUUGAAGCUCAACGUCAUUGGAUGGAGAUUACAACUAAUUUACCAAUCAAAGAUUGGUACUUUAACACUACUAACAAUGAUUUAAGUUAUUGGGGUCUUGAUUACCCUCCAUUAACUGCUUAUCAGAGUUACUUUCAUGGUCUUUUUUUGAAGUACUUCGAUCCAAAUUCAGUUUCACUGUUUACUUCUCGUGGUUAUGAGACAUGUUUUGGGAAGUUGUUAAUGAGGUGGACAGUUUUAUCAUCUGAUUUGUUGAUAUUUUUCCCUGCUGUUCUUUAUUUUGUUCUUGUGUAUUAUGGGGGUACCCGGUCUGGUUUAAAUAAGAGUGAUGUAGCAUGGCAUAUUGCUUAUAAUUGCAUCAGCUUGGGCCUUACUUUAGGUGCUGUGGCUGCUGUGCUUUCGCAGAAAGAUCUUUUAGCUUGUGUUCUGUUCUGUCUCUCUCUUAACCAUAAACAGGAAAUUGGCUCGAGGAGCUCUUUUGAGGGAGUUUUGAAGACAAGUGAUGUAUGUUCAGUGAUCCCUUAUGUUCUCUUAACUGAGAAUUUAAGGGCAGGCAACCUAUUGAGUCAAAUUAGGUUGGAUGAGGACUGUGAUAAUGUAUUUAGCAGGAAAUUUGCUGAAGGAGCUCGUUUGAGGGUGUUGUCAGAAAGUGAAAUUGACUUGAGGAGCUCUUUUGAGGAAGUAGUGAAUAUGAUGCAUUACCAAUGUCUUACCACAUUGAUAAAAGGCUGGAAGAAUAAUGAUCUAGCAAUGGUAACUACUUUAGCACAACAGAUGAGUGCAUACUAUGCACCAGCGUUUUUCAGCCAUCUGUUUGGUAGCUGCCUAAGGCGUAAGAAUCCCCUGCUUGAGGUUUUUAAAUUGGGCUUGGCAGUAGUAGGAACAUUUGCUAUUGUUUGGUGGCCAUAUCUUCAUUCAAGAGAUGCUAUUUUUGGGGUUCUUUCACGGCUUGCUCCUUUUGAGAGAGGGAUAUAUGAAGAUUAUGUGGCUAACUUUUGGUGCAGUACGUCGGUUUUAAUUAAGUGGAAGAGAUUAUUUACAACACAUUCUCUGAGGUUUCUCAGCUUAGUUGCUACUAUAUUGGCUUUUCUGCCUUCAAUGAUUCAACAAGUAUUGGCUCCCAGCAGCAAAGGUUUCCUUUAUGGGUUGCUGAAUAGUUCUUUUGCGUUCUACUUAUUUUCAUUCCAAGUCCAUUCUGCUGCCGCUUCUGCCCGCAACCUUGUUGACUAUGGAAUUGCCUGGUGUGUACUCUAUGUUAGUAAUGCUUUCUGCAUUGUUCUCUAUGUUUCCUCUUCUGUGUCGUGA